ACAGAUUGUAGAUAUAUUCAUGAUGGGUACCAUUUUUCAAAAUAAUGAAAUAUGAACAACUGUGGUUUUAGGGAUGCUCUUAUUGGCAAGAACGAAGACGUAGACCCCAUAUGGCCAUUUUUAAAUGAUAGUAACCAAAUAUCUAAAAGACGUAAUAAAUCUAUUGCCACUGUUAAAGGAAAUAUUUUGAGCCUUCUUGAAGAGAAUCAUUCAUCAGAGCAUGAAAAUGAUGUAUCUGCUAUACCUCUUAGAACUAAUGUUUCUAAUGAAGAAAGUCAAAUUGAAAACAAUUUUCCUACUCUCACUAAAUCAAUUUCAAUGAAGAAAGUAUUAAAGCACAUUCCUGAAAGUGGAACAUCAAAUUCUAAUUUUGAUUUUAGUAAAACACAAAGAAAACAAAAUCAUGCACCAAGAAGAAUUAGAAUUCCAAAAUUUCGAAAUGAAAUUAGUGUUUCAUUAUCAUCAUUAAUAAAGCCUUCUAUACCUAAAAACAAACCACUUUGUAAGAAGAUGAUUAUAAAAAAUAGGAUAUUAAGUGGCAAUAAACUCGACAGUGAUAGACCAAUAAGGAAAAAGGGAAAAUCUCAUCUAAAUAAAAAAAAAUACCUAACUCAAUUCAAAAAAAUGAUAAUAUUAUCAAGGCCUUUGAAAAAGAGAAAUGAAUACAACAAUUGUUUCCAUAAAGUUAAAUGCCUUGUACCAAACAUUGUGAAUAAUAAUUUCAAUAUUGAAAAGUUACAGUCAUCGCUUGAGUUACUUAGUAUUGAAGACUGCAAAAAAAUAUGCAGUAAAGAUAGUUCUGAACCAGAAAUAUCUACCAUGGAAUUAGCAAAAACGUUACUUCAUUCUCGGAAAUUUCCAAAGUAUUGCACCAAUCUGGUUUCUACUGCCCUUUUGAAAAACACUGAAAACUUAGUUGUAAGACUAAGAAAUUUGCAAAGCAAACAACACGCUAAAGAUCCUGGAAAAACAUUUUCAAAACGCAGGUACUUAUGUGGCUUCAGAGAAACAAAGAGGUUUAUAUUAUGUGGAACUGUUAAAGCUGUCAUCGUUGCAACUGACCUUGAAAUAGAUACAGAUUUGCCUUCUGGAUUACCUCUUAAAGAGAUUAAAACUUUAGCCGAAGAGAGGUCUAUUCCUAUUGUUUUUGCUGGGAAAAUAAAGCAAUUGGGCUAUUGGACAAUAAAGAAACAGAAAAUAAGCAUUUUAUCCAUAUUAAGAUAUGAAGGCGCUGAACAACUUUACAAUGACUUCAUAAAAAGUUGGGAGGAAAGUAAAGAAUCUUAUGAGAAAAUCAUUAAGGAAAUACAAAUGCAUCUUCCUAAAAGUAUUUCUUCAAAAGAAAAUAUUUCACAAGAUGUAGAACAGGAAAUACGAGAGAACAUAAUUUCUAAAUUGAGUGUUGAAAUGGCCAGUUUUAAAAAAGAUCCGAUAUAAAUUAGACUUUUUGUUUUGUAUACUAAUAUAGAAAUAUUUGUUUUAUUACAUUCUAUUUUCUGUGAUGUUAAUUUUAUGGGUGGUAUGGGAAAAAAUAUUUUAUUUGUUAUUGUAUUAACAAUUAUAUUUUAUUACCAGCUCAAUACUCAAAAAGAAAGUAGUAUAUUUUACUACAUAUAUAUUAAGUAAAAAUUGUAGUUUGUGAAAUAUAAAUUAUCGAUAGAAAAUAUUUUGG